CUUUCGCAGUGCGGAGGGCGGCGCGAGCAGAGCAAAAGCCUUCCACGCACGUGCGGCCGCUUGGCGGGGCUGAUUGUUGCCGCGGCCGACUCGGGCCGAGCGAGCAGGGCACUUGUUGAAAGGCGGCGGCGGUGCUAGUGGCGGCGGCGACAAGUGCGACAGCACCAGCGCGGCCGCUCGGACGCAACGGCUCACCUACGCCGUGCCCAGCCCAGCCAUGCACCGCAACUCCUCGCUCCCUGGGCCAAGCUCGGCCACCGCCAAGAAAGACCGCAAGACCAGGGGAUGGAGCAUGUUCAACAGAGGGGGCUCGGGCGCCCACGUGACCGACAGCGGGGCAACCGUGCUCUGGCUGCCGUACUGUUCGCACAAAGACAGGUGCGUGGACAGCGCCGAAGCCUGCAAAGCCGAGUGUCUGAGGCUGGUGACCGACCUGAACCGCGAGGUCUCUUCGCACCACUCGUUGGCGCGCACUCUCGGAGGCUCCGGCGACAACAGCCAACUCAGGGACGAGCUGAAAAGGGCACGAAGAAGGGCCCAGGAACUGACCAAGCAGGCGAGACUCAAGCUGCUGCCGGCGCUGAGCGACCAAAAAUUGAACGAGCGUGACAAAGCGGAGAUUGAGAGACUAUGGUACCUCUACUGCUGUUGUGUCUGCAUUUUAGAGGGAGAUAUGCAGCGUUCGCUGAGUCUGCUGCGGCUUUUUUCACUGAGUGGAACGCACGCCACGCUCAUCAACACCGGCCUGCACGAGUUUGGCGGCAUCUGCGCCGUGCUGCACCACAAACCAGUGGCGACAGUGGCCGCCGUGGCCGCAAUGGGCGGAUUUCGGCCGCCGGGGGACCCAAUGGAGGGGGACAAAGUGGCCUUGGAGACAGCCGAGCUCAACCAGCUUCAAAAGGAAAUUGUAGAUUUGCGCGAAGUGGUACCCGAGUUCCAAAGAGACUGCGAUAACAGCGUCAUCGACAUGAAAGAGUGGCAACAGCACAUGGAGCAGCAGAACGCAGCAGCAGCCGCCGCGCAGAACAACGGCAAGACUAAAGAGGGCUCGGAAAACAAGGAGCAAUCGGCGGAAGACGAGUGUCAGGUGAGCAUCGAGGGCGAGGCAAUGAGUCUGCAGCAGCGGCGGUGUCUGUGCUACGUGCUGGUCAGCGUGGUGAGCAUCCUGGCAAUGGCCGCCGUCGUGUGCGUCUCGGUGGCAGUGCUGUUCUAGUGGCGGCGGCCCGGGUCACUGCCUUCGUCCCUGCUGGCCUCCCGGGCUGCCCGUCGCCACCGUCGUUAGACUCUGUCAUUCAUCCUUCUCGCCGCAUAAAGUGAAACUAAAACUGUCUUUCGCCCUCUGCCCCUGCUCUCGCCAGUUUUACCCGCCGCUGGCACAGCCUCCUACCAGAUGUUUUUUUCGCACAAGCUUCUAGUGAACAGUGCUGGCGGACAAGUACAAGAGCGACGUCUCCGACAACACACAUACGCCUGUGGACCCCAAACGCGCGAGUCUUUGUUCUGAGCAGAGCGUUCCAGCGAUUUGCCAACUGAAAUUCAUACCUUUUGUUUUGUCGAGUCUCUAUAUAUUGUGCUUUCAUUUUUUAUUCGCCGAGGAAGGAGUAUUUUUUUAACUUCCAAAGUCGCGCCGUCAUGUGUUUCUCAAGCAGUUGUCUUUCAAACGAUUUAGACUAGGUGUAUUGUAGAAAGUUGCGAACUAAUUAUUGCUGUAGUGUGAAAGAAAUAAUAGAAACUGCGCCAAAUGCAUAAAGGGUACUUUGCCUCGUUCAGGAAUGUUUGAUGCUUUCAGUAGAGGCCUUAUAAUUGACCAUGAUUGUUUCGUGUCAUACUGUAACUUUAAAAACAUUUAAUUCGUGUGGCAAUAGCGGUCACGUGUAAAAAUUUAGCCCUCUCAGAGUAACACACUGUUUCCAGUUUAAAUCAAAAGUUGCAUCAGCUACUUGGGAAAAACUUUAGAUAUGACGUAAAACGAUCCGGACGUGAGAAUGAGCGAUAACAGAAAAAAAUCAAGAAAAUCGUCAAAAUUAUAGAAUAACGUUUCAGAUCCUUUUUUGGUAAUCAGGGAACUGAUAUUUAAAAUUCACCUUUUAAAUCAUUUAAUUUAAAGAGAUUGUCUCUUUCUCGACGCAUAAUUGCACUAUUAUUAUGUUCUUUACAUUCUAACAGAGGGAUAGCAUAAGAUUUUGAAAUAAUUGCAUUUCGCCAGUAGGCAAAAAGUUGACUGUCAUCAUUAUGCCAAAAUAGCAAAUAAUUAACAUUUAGUGCGUCGUUGUAUACUGUAAAAUGGCCUAAUUUUCAACACAAAUAUUGUGUUGUAGAAGAAGUAAUUGCUAUGACACCUAUACAAUAUGCAUGAUCAUGUCAUUGUACUGUUUCGAUAAUUUUUAACCACACAGAACAAAUGGUGUUUGCAAAAGCUUGAUUAUUAUGUGAUUUUAGUGGAGCUACUAUUUAAUAUGAAAUAUUGCUAUUAUUAUUUAUUGAACAUUCCAUGUCUUUCAAAUAAAAAUAUAUUAUAUGAU